AUGGGUCUCUGUCUCAAGGCAACGCAGGUCUGCCUGCUGCUGCUGUUCUGCAGCUGGGCAGCCCUUUCUGACGGAACCUCCGAAUGCAUUGAGCCCAUGGUGAGGAUUGAUAAAAAAACAAUAUUAGUCGCUGCCAAAAAAUCCAUGACUGAAAGCCACAUUCUGGAGGAAAUGGCAGAGUCUGCGACCAAAAACCAGGGUGGCGCGAAAGCUAUCAAAGGCAUCAAAGGGCUGAAAGUUACAGAUAUCCAGCCCCCCGAGCUUGAAAUGAAAUUGCACGAACCUGCGGACAUGGAAAUGGACUUGGGAUCUCAGAUAACAAUUGCUGGGAAAAGCUUCAUAGGUGGCACCAUGGAGAUCACGGUGAAAUCACGAAUGAGAACCAUCAGCUGCAUUGAAUACGAUGCCAAUAAAGAACUCAAGAUGAAAGUAAAACAAUGCACUGUGGAGCUGAUAAGCUGCAAAACCAACCUCCCUAGCAGCAUGCUUCCGAAGAUUGUGAACAAAUUCCUUAAUUCUACCCUCCAGAAAGUCCUCCCCGGCAUGAUGUGCCCGGCAACAGACAAAGUGCUCUUGCACAUGGAGGAGAAAAUGAAGAAAGCAUUUGAGGAAUGCCCUAUUGGUGAUCGGGGAACAAUACAGUAUACAAUGAACGGGCUGCCAAAAGUACAUGAAGGCGCCUUGGACAUGAAGUUCAAGCCCGUAGUCCGAGACAGAGAUGGAAAUGAAAUUGCAAACGUCUGUGAAGCACCAGGCUCUGAAGUUUCUUACUCAAGAGGUGAUGGCAUCACUCAAGUCGUCAUACCGACGGCUAUCCUGAACACUGUGUUGGAACUAUUCAAGAAAGACAUGGACUGUGACGCUACUAGAGACUCGGUUUCUGAUCUAACAGUGGGCAAGAUGAAAGAAAUGAUACCAGGGCUUCCAGAUAUGGACCCCUCAAAGAAUGCAAAGUUGGAAAUCAGAUCUGUAGAAACGCCCAAGGUUCGCAUCGAAGAUGGCAAAAGUAUCAUGGCAGUCCAUUCGACCAUAGACGCCAAAACAGAUCCAGACAACGAACCCAUCUGCACCAUCGACAUGGUGCACGAAUGGGAUGUUGGCUAUGAGCAGGUCGAGGACACAAUGAAAGUUUUCUUGCAACCAGAAACGGGCAGGACCACAGCAAUAUCUAUGACUUCUCCCUCAGGCGGCGACAUUAAUGAAGACCAACUAAAGGAAUAUCUGCAGAAUGCCAUAAUCACCACUUGCAUCCCAGGGAUAAAUGAUGCCCUGGAAAAGAACCAGAUGAAAAUGCCCAACCUGAUGGGGGCUGACUAUGGUCACCCUGAAUUCAAGAUGAUGGAGGGUCAUGUGAUCCUUGAGGUGGACCACAGCAAUGUCGAGGACGAUUCCAUGAUAGACUUGGAGAAGUUUAAAAACUUAAAAAUGGCUGUUUAA